UCCCAAUCCUGUAAUCCACAAUCCAAAUAAAAUUUGACUAAUUAGCAUUACAUUUCUCACAAAACCUAUUACUCCAUAAAGCAUUAUCAUUGUUUGAGUGUGAGAGCCGCAUACAUGUCAGCAGCAUCAUGCUCCUCCCGGCACUUCUCAUGGCUGAUGAAAUCCUGCUUCCCUAACCCCCAGCACCCCUCCGCCUUCUCCCCCACCACCAUCGCCGACUCCUCAACCACCAUCUCCUGCCUCCCCGAUGACCUCCUAUUGGAGUGCCUCUGCCGAGUCCCUCCCUCCACUCUCCCCUCCCUCCCCUCCGUGUGCCGCCGCUGGGCCCACCUCCUCAACUCCCCCUCCUUCCACCUCUUCCGCCUCCGCCACCACACCCUCCUCCACACCCUCUUCUCCAUCUCCAUCUCCAAUUCCGCCCUCUUCGCCGCCGCCCUCCGCUUCCACCACCCCGAUCCCUCCUGGAAGCUCUCCUCCUUCGUCCCCGCCAUCGACAAUGAUUUCUCCCUCUUCUCGCAUUUCCGCUUGGUCUCGCUCGCCCGGAAGAUUUACAUAAUCGACCGCGCCGCGAUGCUGCGCUGCGACACGUGGACGGGGACCAUCGUGCCCAAGGCCGGGAUGACGUUUCCCAGGAAGAAGUUCGCCGCGGCCGCCGUCGCCGGCCGGAUCCUCGUCGCCGGCGGCUGCGCCAGGACGUCGGCGGUCGAGGCCUACGACCCCGACGAGAACGCCUGGCGCGUGGUGUCCGACGCGCCUCGCCGGAGGUACGGCUGCAUCGGCGCGUCGGCCGACGGCGUGUUCUACGUCAUCGGCGGGCUGAAGAUCGGCCACGAUCCGGCGGGGGCGGCGCACGUCUACGCCGGAUCGAUGGACCUGUACGACGUGGCGGCGGGGGGGUGGCUGAGGAGCAGAUCGGUCCCCGGCGGGGGGUGCGUGGUGGCGGCGUGCGCGGCGGGCGGCGACGUGUACGUGCUGACGAGCCACGCGGUGGAGCUGGCGUUCUGGAGAUUCGGCGCGUCGAGGAAGAGGGAGGGUUUCGGGGAGUGGUGCAGGAUAAGGAGCCCGCCGCUGCCGGCGCAGGUUAGGCUGGACAGCGCGGUGAGGUUCAGCUGCGUGGGGGUGGGGGAUAGGGUGGUGCUGGUGCAGGUGGUCGGGUGCAUCGAUGAUCUGCUGAGGAGGAGCGGGAGGAUGGAGAGGGGGCUCAGGGAGGGGCUGGUGUUGGUGUACGAUUGCGGCGGGGAUGAGUGGAGUAGAGCGCCGGACAUGCCGCACCUCAUACGACGCGCCGCCUGCGUGUGCGUCGAAUGCUAACGUGUCUUUUUUGACUUUUUCGAGGCAGAGUGGUGUUUCGUCCGCUUUAGGCUUUUGCUAAUUCAUAUCGACCGUUGUGUAAAAUUUAUUCUUUUUUUUUUUUUUACUAUUAAUUGAUUAUUGAUUAUUUUAUGUGGAGAUAAACAAUUGAAAUUUGGACCCAAUAAUAUUUGAGGUCCUUUCUAGUAAAAUAGUAAUACUUUGGGUGA